CCCGCGGGGGGGCUGCCCGGGCGCCGGCAGGGUCUGGGCGCGCUCCCGGCUCUCCGCGAAGCUGGAUUCGCUUCUCGUCCCUCUUCCUACCACCAGCACCCACGGUGCCCUUGCCCAGCUCCCCAGGGUCCCACCUGGCCACGCGGGGGCUCCUUUCUGGCUCUGCGUCCAGCUCCUCUUUCCUUCCCGUCUCCCCAUUGCCUGCUGUCCCUGGUAAGAAACUGCAGCCAAAUUAAGGUCUUCCUUCAACCUGAGAUAGCAUUGUCCCUGAAGGGCAAGGAACAUGCCACUAAAAAUUGAACCAACUUGACAUAUGCCUUCAUUUCCCUGGAAGGCAUCUACUACAUUCUGCCAAGAAAUAAGCAGUAUUAGACUCAAUGAAAAAUGUUAUGGCCUCCUAUGAUUCCAAAGUUCAGCGAUUCAGGACUGAAAUAAAGGGCUGAUCUUACAAAGACAUAAGCACAUGAGCUUUGAAUAAUGUUAGGAAGUACGGCCACUUUUAUUUUAUUUUGGAGGGACUACUUUUUUUUACAGAAGGUGGAAGAACAUCCACACAGGAAGCAGCCCUUAGCAAUGAGACCAACUCAAAGGGAGCCUUAAACGGUAACAUCAGGAAAAGCGGUGUUUGGCGAGUGAUGUGCUAAAAAUGAAAAGGUGCUUUGAGGGUGUUGGGCUGCGAUGCCUGUUUAAGGGCGUCAGCAUGGCGGCCCCCAGGCCUGCAAAACACCUCCUCAUCUUUGACUUCGAUGAGACAAUCGUCAACGAGAACAGUGAUGACUCAGUCAUAAGGGCUGCUCCGGGACAGGAGGUCCCAGAACACAUCCGCCAAACCUUCCAGGAAGGCUUUUACAACGAAUAUAUGCAGCGGGUCUUUGAAUACAUGGGAGACCAAGGGGUCAAGAUGCUGGACUAUAAGACGGUCUACGAAAACAUCCCCCUAUCACCUGGGAUGCCGGAGCUUUUCCAGUUCCUCUCCAAGAAUCAAGACCAGUUUGAGAUCAUUCUCAUCUCUGAUGCCAACAUGUUUGGCAUUGAAUGUGCUUUGAGAGAGGCAGGCUGCUACUCUCUGUUCCGCAAAAUCUUUAGCAAUCCCUCUGGCUUUGACAAGAGGGGCUACCUCACCUUGGGGCCCUAUCACUCUCACAAGUGCCUCCAAUGCCCAGCAAACAUGUGCAAGUGCAAAAUCCUCACUGAAUACCUGUCUGAGAGAGCCCAGGAAGGGGUGGAGUUUGAGAAGGCUUUCUAUGUUGGGGAUGGGGCCAAUGACUUCUGUCCCUCCACGGCCCUGACUUCAACAGAUGUUGCUUUCCCACGGAAAGGCUACCCCAUGCACAAGAUGUAUCAGGAGAUGGAGAAAAAGCAACCUGGAGUCUUCCAGGCCACUGUAGUUCCCUGGUACUCAGCUGUGGAAGUUUGCCAGCAUCUUCAGGAGUUCCUCAAGAAGAAAUGCUGAGAAGGGCUUGUUGGUAUAAAAAAAAAAAAAAAAAAGGCUCUUGCUGUCCUGGAGGCAGCACCAAGGAGCAGGCAGGAAAAAGAGGGAAGCUCUCAGAAGCAUCUCAUUCCUCAGUAGCUAAGCUGGUGCCAUAUCUAGCUUUGCAGAGUUGGACUCAGCUUCUGGAAUUCUUAUCCUCCCUCUGCUUUUUUAUUUCUUUCUACGAAGUACUUUCUCUGGGUUCCCACUUCUCCCCUCCCCAUGAUCUUGACAUGAGGUCUUCUCUAUGCAGUUAGCAAAUCCAUGCAGAAGGACAGGCAUGUUGGCAGAUCAAUUUAUUUUUGCUUUCACUUUGAAUUCACUUAAAAUUAUUCUAUUUAAAAAAAAAAAAAAAAAAAGAUUCACCAACCAACUUGUUCUCACAAGGGCCAAAGUGUAUGCAUGCUUCCAUUAGCUCCAAAAUAGAGGUCACCUGACCCACAACUCUAUCAAAACAGUUGGGAUUGCCUACAGCGUUACUCUUUCAUCAUCAUCUUUAAUGCCUUUCUCUACAUGCCCCCUAGACGAAACUGAAAGCUGCUUACAGUUGGCUGAGUAUUGACCCAAUAAUUCAUUCCUGAGGGGUCCUUGCCUCUUCAGGAGGACAGUGGAAAUCUCAUCUAGUGCAGCUUAUGCUGCUGAUAUCUUAUUGUGAGCACUCUCCCCCUGGGCUUGGGUUGCCACCAGCCUACCCCAAACCCUCCAUUCAUUGGCCUCUGUAGGAGGAGGGCAUGGACAUGGGAUUUGGUUCAGGCUGUGGAGUUUGGAGGACACUAUUCAUUUAAGUUUCCACUUGGAGGUUGUUCACUGGAACACAUUCCUAAGCAGACAAGAGUUUUGUAAGGAGAAAUGUGAGUUAAGCAUUUAAAUUGCCUCUUGAAAACCUUCCUCUUCCAGUUCCCAUUCUCAAGCCUUUCCCUCAGAGUAGCACAAGCUGCACAUGGAGCCCUUAGAUUAAAACCCUGUGCCUGCAUUUUACUUUCAUUUCUGGGAUCACUUUCUUCUCCAGAGCCAAGACUACCCUGAUUGUCUCACAAGACACACUCUUCUAUAGUUAUAUUAAGCACAACACCAAGUGGCCCACCUCCAAAGGCUUUGAGCCAGAGCUGGUUUCCAGAGCAGAUGCUCCUCAUCUGCAUUCACUUUCCUGGUAUCAGGUCACAUCCAGGCCUACACUCGAUCCCAGAAAUGUGUUUGCUGAGCUUGCCUGAGUGCUGUCCUGCCUGAAUUGCACUUCAACAGCCAUCCUUUACAGCAGUUCAGCAAAGGUGGUUUGAGAUCUACAGCUGACAAGAGAUCUGUCUCCAUAAGCUAAGUGCUGGUUCCUGUGGGUGUUGGAGCAGCAGUUCUCUGUGUCAUAGACAAAUCACAACAUCCUUGUUGUUAUAGCAGGGCUGAGCCAGCUUCCUGGCCUGAUUCUGAUUCUGAGAGGUGCUGAAACUCCCAUUGAUAUCAGUUGGAGGUAUGGUGCUUAGUGCCCCUUUGGGGUUAGGCUGCUAGAGGAUAAAAACCUCUCUCCACUUCCCAUUCCAGAGUCCUGUCCCAGGCAAUUGCAGUAUUAAUUGUCCCCUGUGAUUGCACUCUGCAGGGGUACCCACUCUGUUUGCCACCCUCUUAUUCUGGCUUUUCCUGGGCUGAUUGCAGCAUUAACUGCCCCCAAUGGUGGCAUCUACAGGGAUGACUGCAGUCUGUCUGCUCCAAAGUAUUUCCCUCCUGCAGUUGCUCUGCACAGUAAGAAAUUAACCAAAGCAGCCCCAGCUUUUGCUCUCCCACCUUUUGUGGGUCCCCCACCUCUACCAUUUGUUCUUUCUCUUCUGCUCCGUCCAGUCAUAUGGAACUGAAAGCCAUGGACAUUUUAGAAACUCCAUAUUGAUGCUGGGUGCAACAUGUAUGUUUGGAAUUUCAUAUGCAUGUUAUGGUGGACAUUUAAAUGACUUUUUUUCCUCUUGUCCCUCAUUAUCUUAAAUAUAUAUACAUAUUUAUAUAUAUAACUAUCCAUA